CAGAAUGGCGGGUUUGGGACUUUCUAUUAGAAUGCACGGUGUAUUUUUGUUGGAGGAGUUCUCUGUCAUGAUGGUAUUGAUCUUGAUGAUUGGCAAUGUACAAGGAUUUGUAGCAGACCCUAACGCACAACCUGUUGGACCUCUCUGUUAUUCCUGUUUACAAGUCGCACAUCAGAGAGACUGCACUCAUAUCGUCCAAUGCGGGCCCAAAGAGAAAUGUGUUGGGAGAAAGUUUAUAACUCUAGAUGGUCUGGAAUAUUUCUCAUCCGGUUGUGCAACAAUAGCUGAAUGUGGAGUACAUCGGUCUUUUAAGCAAGACAAAUCGAACACUUUGUCGAGGAGCGGUCCUGUCAUAGCAGGGCAUGAUGUUAUAAAGACCUGUGAUCAGUGUUGUGAUGGCAACUACUGUAAUCUUCAGCUUUGCGAUAAUCCAAUACUAUUAAAGCAACGGUGUCUCCGCUGUGAUCACGUCAUUAAUCCAGAAGAUUGCAAUAUCUCUCUACAAUGCAAUGAAGAUCAAAUUUGCUAUACAGAACACAUUUACCUAAACCAGGAAAAAAGAUUCAGAAUGGGCUGUACACCAAAGUCAAGUUGUCUUGCCACCACUUCCUCGGGAUCUCAGGUGGGAGUUCUUGGAAAGCGAGACAACGAGUUAUCGUUCUUACACCGCUAUAGAAUGGCGUCACCUGCAGACCGUAAAUAUUGCGCCAAAUGCUGUACUGGUGAAAACUGUAAUCGUGACCUCUGUACAGAAAGACACCUUGUUAACCAGUAUCAAUUGUUGGUUCCGCCACCAUUGGUCAUUUGUCAAGACUAUGACGAUACGUCCUGCAGGAGUGGUUUGGUGGAUCCUACUUUCUGCCAGGAUCUAGUAAACAGGAGGUUGUUUUGUCCAAGGACGUGUCAUACAUGUGGUGAGAGCGGAAUGCUUCAGCCUGUUACAACAGCAAUUAGCACUACAGCUGGAGGUGGAAUUUCUUAUCUUGUAGCAGGAACAACUACCACAGCAGUAGCGUGUUUGGAGAAAAAUCCAGGCCGGUGUCAGCAAUAUAAGGCCUUUUUCUGUGAUCCAUCAAAUCAUGGUGGAAUGGACGCCUGUCCAGUGACCUGUAAAGCACCUGGUUGCUAA